UAGAUUGAAAUCCUUUUCUAUUCAAUCUUUCGGAUAUUACUUGGUCAAAUGUUUCGUCAAAACUCUAUAUUAACCCCCAUUUAUAUCGCUUUUCUCGUCAUUUUCUUAUUCUUCUCGCACCGGGGAAAGUUAACUGGCAGUAAAUUGUCUCGUAAUAAGUAACAGACCGGAAAUUGCGUUGAAGUAGACCGGGAUAACGCUACAAUUCAGGAUCCUCUCUCAACCUACCUGCCUCCUCAACCAAAACUCCUGUUGGAGUGAAGCUUUGGCUCAAAUCGCAUCUUCGCCGAGACACGAUGUCUCCUUUCGGCCGGCUGCUGCUACUCGUCUGCCUCGUUCUUCCUCUUUAUGCAGUGGAAAAGGUGAGGAACCGAGGGUAUCGAAAGGAUGCAGAAUUUGAUAAGUGCACUGGAAACGAUGCAGACAAUCCCAACUGCACUAGAAUCUCAGAGGAAGCACGAUCUACCAAUUCAAACACCAUGUACGGAAGCUGUCUGCAAGGGCCAGCGGGUAACCCUGGCAGAGAGGGAAACCCCGGAACCAACGGCAUCCCUGGGACGCCGGGCAUCCCCGGCCGUGAUGGCAUGAGAGGCGAGAAGGGCGAGUGUGUGAGUGAGGUGUUUGAGGAGCCCUGGAGACCCAACUACAAGCAGUGUGCCUGGAACUCUCUCAACUACGGCAUCGACCUGGGGAAAAUAGCAGACUGCACAUUUACCAAGCUGCGCUCAGACAGCGCCCUGAGAGUUCUCUUCAGCGGUUCCCUCAGACUCAAGUGUAAGACCGCUUGCUGCCAGAGAUGGUACUUCACCUUUAAUGGUGCAGAGUGUACAGGCCCUCUGCCCGUCGAAUCCAUCAUCUACCUGGAUCAGGGCAGCCCAGAGCUCAACUCCACCAUUAACAUCCACAGGACAUCUUCAGUGGAAGGGUUGUGCGAAGGCAUGAAGUCGGGCCUGGUGGACGUGGCUGUUUGGGUGGGGACAUGUUCUGACUACCCCCGGGGUGACGCGUCCACGGGCUGGAAUUCUGUCUCCAGGAUCGUCAUUGAAGAGCUUCCAAAAUCAUUUUGAACGUAUAUAUAAUUAGCUAAAAGGGCUGGCAGGCCCCUGGGAGUGCAGUGUUAUCUCCCUCUAUAAAACCAUCAGGCGUGGCUGGAACAUGAGAAGGGAUUUUUAACUUGAAUGUAGCUCUGUAAUGCUAGUUGAUAGAGAACAGUACUGUAAUUUUUUACUGUACAUUGCUAAUGUUUUGUAGCAUAUGCAGUGAAGAAAAAUGAUUGAUUACUGCUAGUAAAGAAGUCUUUUUUUUUUAUAACUUAAGUUAAAUCACGCGUUUCCUCAUGUUGUUCAGUCUCAUUGAAAGUUACCAUUUCACUUUUGUAUUGUAUUUGCAUGAUUAUGAAAAAAUGAUAAGCGAUAUGUAUUUGCUGUAUUUCCAAAUGAGCAGGUAUCGGUUAUAAAAAAUGAAAUUAAAAAGACAUAUUAAAAUUAUAUUCACACACAAAUUCUUAAUACGUGAACCAAGGAGGAAAUAAAUACACAUUUUUGUAAAGAAAAUCCUGUAAUUAAUUAAAAAGCAACCCAAAUGUUUUAUAUAUAAAUUAAUAAGCUGUUUGAAAGCAACUAAAAACCUGAGACCAAAGGUUGCGUUUUGAUGUUGUUAAAGGAUGAUUGGAAAUUUGUUACGGUUAAUCUUCAAUUCCAGGAAGAAAUCGUUGCAACUCAGAAUGAAAGGCAUGUAUUUUGCACUGAUGUUCAAGGCUCUCGCCCUCUCUAAUUUCAAGAGGCCGAUGUUACAACAACUAGCAUCUAUAAUUUCAGAUGCUAGUUGCUGUAACUCAAUAACCCUGUUUAGGAUAGAAACAUUCGCAUUUCAAAGAGUAUCUCAAAAUACAUCUACGCUCCCAUCUCAUCCAGUCUCGUCCGGGUGUAACCCCACA